CCUAUCGAAAUCUUGAUUCAGGGUUUAUCGCAAUUGUGUUCAUUUCACAGUUAGCAGCAGCGCUAGGUGAUGCAAAAUAUGGUGCUUUGGCGUAGAUUGAGGGAAUCAAGGUUUAUAGUUUAUGCACCUUUCAACGAUUUCAGGAGGUUUUACAAUCUAAAUCCAGCUCCAGCUAGCGCAGAUCAGCUUGUCUCUUCACGAAAAUCACUUCCGAUUUUGUACCACCCUAAGGUCAUCGCUCAAGAUGAGCAAUGGGCGCUGUUCCGACAAGUCAGAUUCUAUGCAAGGCCUAUUAAGAAGAAGAUGAAGGAUGAUAGUGAGCCUACGAUGAAUGAGGAAAUCACGGCUCCGACAGUUAGACUCGUUAUUGAUGAAGAGCAUCAUAUUAUAGUAUCGAGGCAUGAAGCAUUGGCUCGUGCAAAAAAUGCUCAGCUGGAUUUGGUCGAGGUUGAUAAAACUGGCAAACCACCUGUUUGCAAGAUUUUUGACUACAACAGACAAAGGUAUAUUCAACAUGCAAAAGAAAAGGAGCGUGCUAAAAGCAAGUCUGACUCCACACUCAGGCCUGGGCCACCGAAAGAACUUAGAUUUGGUGUUAAUAUUAAAGAAAAUGAUCUGAAAGUAAAAGCUGAUAUGGCUAAGAAACUCAUGGAAAAAGGUUAUCGAGUAAAGUGUACAGCCGCAGAUGCUAAUGAAGGCGUGGACUUGAAAUCACUGUUAUCUAAAUUUACUCCUUUAAUUGAUGAUGUUGCUGUUGUGGAAAGUGGACCUAAGUAUGAAAAGAAGCAGGCAUUUGUUGUUGUCAGGCACAUCAAAUAUGGUCCUGCCAACAAGAGUUCAGGAAAGAAAGCUUCUGCAACCACCGACUCUCCAAAGGCGACAGAAGCCUCGGCUGAAGAUGCUCAGACUAACAAAUCCAACUGGGAUACUUUUGACGGAGAUGAUGGUGAUGUGCACCCGAUUUUUGAGAUAGACAAUGUAGAAAGUGGUCAUCUUGAACCUUCAAAGCAUACAGCUUCAUCUAUUCCAUCUGGGACCCCAAAGCCUGCAACAGAAACCCCUCAACCUGUGUAUCCACCGAGGGUACCCGUGGCUGUGAACGGCCGUGGUGCAGCUAACACUGCAGACAGAGUGGCUUCAUCUCCAAAUCUAGAUAACCAGACACGUUUUGACAUGAAUACGCCGCCUAGAAUGAGACCUGGCCAGCAAGUUGAGGUGCCUCAGCCUGCUUAUCCGCCAAGGGUACCCCUGGGUUUGAACGGCCGUGGUACCACAAACACCCCAAACAGAGGGCCUCCAUCUCCAAAUGAAGAAAACCAGACGCAUUUUGGCAUGAACACGUCGCCUAGAACUAGAAUAGGUCAGCAAGCUGAGUCUCCUCGUGGAAUUCAGAAGCAAGGUUCUUCCUCCUCGACUAAUCAGAACUUACCGCCCAAAAGUUACGGUAUAUUCAGCGUGCCAAAGGCAGAGGCAGAGGCAGCGGCAGCAGCACCAGCAGCCGACAGACACCAGCAAAAUGUACCUCCAGCUGUGGCCUCGUCUCCGACAAGAAAUCCUAGAGAACCUUCGGCUGCAGCCUCGUCUCAGGCAAAAAAUCCUAGAACGCCUGUGGCCCCGUCUCCGGCUGCAGAUUCUGGGCAAGGAAGAUAUGGAAUAUUUAGUGCUGAAGAGAGAGAAAAGCAAGCACACAAACGGUGAGGUAUAGUUCCUCUAGAUGCCUUUCAUCGAUUUUCAAAUGGCUUAUUUUUUGUAGAUUAGUUGCAUACAUUUAUUUUUCUUCGCAUUGAUUCAGCUAUAAUUUAGUAGAUGGAAAAGUUGCAUCUAUUUUGCGAUAUCAACGCUUGUUGUACUAGAAAAAUGAUUCAUAGACUCAACAGCUUAUAUUACUAUGAAAUACAGUACUAUUAAUAAACGUGAGUUAUUGGGAACA